GCUCAGCGCUAUAUUAAAAAAAAAAAAAAAAAAAAUCCUUGGAACAUUCUCCCGUUUUUUCUUUUUCUUUCUCUUUUGGGAGUCUCUUCAUGUCUGUUGGCCGAGAGAACACGUGUCGAGGGAAGCAUCGUGCUUUAAGAGCCCAGAGAAGCUCUGGUGAACUUUACAUCAGGUUGGUGCAGCUUUUCGGUGUUUUAUUUUGUUUCAACCGUUGAGUUUGGUGGAACUCUCACCUCUGACGUCACGCGUGUGGCCCCGCCCCCAUCAUCCCGUUCUCCAUAAUUACAUGUUCUGAACUUCGAUCUGCUUCCCCACCUGUCACUCACGGGUAACCAUGGCGACCCGAGGCCACGCUCCAGCUCGUUAAUGAGCAACCACACCAAAGAGCGAGUGACCAUGGCCAAGGUCACGCUGGAGAACUUCUACAGCAACCUCAUAACACAACACGAGGAGAGGGAGAUGAGGCAGCAAAAACUGGAGAAGGUGAUGGAUGAGGAAGGACUUCCUGAUGAAGAGAAGCACAUGCGCCGCUCCCAACACGCUCGUAAGGAGACCGAGUUCCUGCGGCUGAAGAGAACCAGACUGGGUCUGGACGACUUCGAGUCGCUGAAGGUGAUUGGACGAGGAGCGUUUGGGGAGGUGCGUCUGGUCCAGAAGAAAGACCCGGGACAUGUUUACGCCAUGAAGAUCCUUCGUAAAGCUGACAUGCUUCAGAAAGAGCAGGUGGGUCAUAUCCGGCGGGCGGGACAUCUCCUGGUUCAGGCAGACAGUCUGUGGGUGGUCAAGAUGUUCUACAUUUUUCAAGACAAACUCAACCUUUACUUACUCAUGGAGUUCCUGCCCGGAG